AUGCCUGGGAAACAUCGCGCCGCCGUACUCCCCCAGCCAGGCGGUCCCCUCUCCGUUGAGGAUCGUGCCACCCCCGAGCCAGGCCCCAAUGAAGUCCUCAUCGAAGUCAAAGCAAUCGCUUUGAAUCCCGUCGACCACUCUCAGCGUGACAAUGGAUUCCCGCCUGUACCUGCCUAUCCAGCUGUACUUGGGUGCGAUAUAUCCGGCAUCAUCGCAAAAGUGGGAUCCAAUGUCACUGCCAUUUCGCCAGGAAGCCGUGUUACCGCGCUCGCCUCAUCUUUCUUUCAGAAUGGCUCGCCGGACUAUGGCGCCUACCAGAAGUACGCACUGGCACAGUCCGAAGGCGUCACGGUGAUUCCGGAUAACAUCUCCUUCGAGCAAGGAGCGGUAUUCCCUUUAGCUGUCUUUACCAGCCUGACUGCUUGGACAGUUAUCGGCAUCCCGCUUGAGACCAGGUACACCCCACAAGAUAAGCAGGCAGUACUUAUCUGGGGCGGUGCGAGCAGCGUGGGCACUUUCGCAAUUCAAUCGGCUCGAUCGCUUGGGUUUACCAUCUAUGCCACGGCCAGUCCCAAGCACCACGAAUACCUCCGAAAGCUCGGGGCUCACGCCGUAUUCGACUAUAAAGCGAGUGAUGUCGUUUCGCAGAUUGUUGAGGCUCUGAAGAAAGAUGAGUUGAAUCUUAACGUUGCACACUGUGUCGUGGAUGGUGGACUGCAGCCAACGCUAGAUAUUCUCAAAGAGACCAAGGGUGACAUCGCUGCGAAGGUUGCCCAUUCACCUAUUCUGCCUCCGGACCAUCCGACGCUCGACAACACGACAAUUCUCUUUAAUCUUGCGUCCCAACACCCAGAAGAGAGAAACGCGCACAUGCGGCAGUGUUUCCAUGGGUGGCUAAAGGAUGGUCUGGAGUCUGGCUCAGUCGUCCCUAGUCCUAACCUCCAAGUUGAAUCGGGUGGUCUGGAAGGGGUGAAUGCAGCUCUAGACAAGUUGAAAGCCGGUGUCAGUGGAACCAAGUUGGUCUUGUCAAUCUGA